AUGAACGACAGAGACCGCUCUACCAUGGCUGUCAGCCACCCCGACCCACUGGAGCUCACCGAGGAUCAACUACUCGACCUCACCCACCAAGCGCAGCAACGAUGCCCUACUGACGCGGCGGAUUUUGCUCACCUGGAUGAAGACCCCUUCGCCGAAGUCCGGGCGUAUGCUUACGCCACGGGCACCUCGUGCAAAGGGUUCUUGGGGGAGACAAACCAAGAGAUCAAAACUCUGAGCACGUACACCGAAGCCAUGAACUCACCACAACGCGAGCAGUGGAAGAGCGCUAUCGACACCGAGAUGGGUAAUCUCGCCAAGCACAAAGUCUUUAAGAAAGUACGCAUCAGCCUGGUACCGAAGGAUGAGGACAUCUUCGACACACGCUUCGUGUUCAAGAUCAAGGCCGACAGCCGCUUCAAGGCCCGCUUAGAAGCGGGGGGACACCGCCAACGGGCAGGACGACACUACGGAAGGAACUACGCUCCGGUAACCCGAUUGGGUAGCAUCCGCAUGCUAUUCGCCAUCGCUUGCGAACACGGAUGGGAGGUGUACCAAUUGGACGUGGUAGCUGCAUUCCUGAACGCGUACACCGACAGAGACGUCUACGUCAGGCCGGCGCCAGGCGACGAGGAGAGGGACCCUACGACAGGUGAAAUGAUGGUCUACAAACUGGAGAAAAGUCUGUACGGCCUGUCACAGUCCCCGUCACUGUGGAACGACGCCAUCAAUGACAGACUCAUCAUCUUCGGCUGGCAGCGCACUCACUCUGACCCCUGUGUCUACAUCUUCGAAAAGAAGGAACUCAUGGACAGCUUCGAAAUGACAGGCAUGGGAGAGGUCAAGCGCGUAAUCGGCAUCGAAGUGCAGCGGGACUACGAACAUGGCACACUAGCCAAAUCGCAAGGACCCUACGCGAGAGAAAUCCUACAGCGAUACGUAAUGGAACAGGCAAACCCGGUCAGCACCCCCGGGUAUGGAGCAGAAGUAUCAACCGAGCAGCCACAAGACCAACU